AUGGCAGGCAAGAUCAGACAGCCAAUCGACGAGGUGGCGUUUGCCAAAUACGUGGAUGAAAAUGUGCCCGAGAUCAAGACGCCGCUGCAGUUGAAGCAGUUCGGCUUUGGCCAGUCCAACCCGACGUACCAAAUCACCGACGCCGUCGGUAACAAGUUCGUUAUGCGCAAGAAGCCCCCGGGGAAACUCAUCUCCAAGACGGCCCACCGCGUGGACCGCGAGUACCGCAUCAUCCACGCCCUGCGCGACACCGACAUCGCCGUGCCCCGCGCCUACGCGCUCUGCGAGGACGCCUCCGUCAUCGGCACGCCCUUUUACAUCAUGGAGUUCCUCGACGGCCGCAUCUUCGAGGACUUUUCGAUGCCGGGCGUCGGCGCCGAGGAGCGCACGGCGCUGUGGCGCGCGGCGGUCGAGACGCUCGCGCGCUUCCACAAGGUCGACUUUCGCGCGGUCGGGCUGGAGGGGUUCGGCAAGCACGAGGGGUUUUACACGCGGCAGGUGCGCACGUGGACUACGAUUUGCGAGAUGCAGGCGCAGGUCCAGGACGUGGAGACGGGGGAGCCGGUCGGGCAGCUGCCGCACUUUGAGGAGAUCAUGGCCUUCUUCGCGGACGUGAAGCAGCAGCCCAAGGACAGGGCGACGCUGAUCCACGGCGACUACAAGAUUGACAAUGUCAUCUUCCACAAGACGGAGCCCCGGAUUAUUGGAAUUCUGGACUGGGAAAUGGCCACCAUCGGGCACCCCCUCUCCGACGUCUGCAACUUCCUCACGCAGUUCUACCUGGCGCAGGCCUCGGGCGGCGCGCACGCCGGGUCGGCGGCGUUUUUGCCGGGUAAGACGCCGGGGAUGCCGCAGCCGGAGCAGAUCAUCGGCUGGUACGCGGCCGCGUCGGGCUACGACCCGCUGCCGGAGCUCAACUGGGGCGCGGCGUUCAGCCUGUACAAGCUGGCGGGCGUGCUGCAGGGCAUCGCGGCGCGGCACGCCGUGCGGCAGGCGAGCAGCGCGCAGGCGCAGUCGUACGCCGCCGGACGCGCGCCGAUGGCAGAGUUUGGCUGGCAGUUGGCGGAGCUGGCGCAGAAGGGAGGGAAGCCGCGGCUGUGA